UCGCUCGUCUUUGAUGUCGCGUCACGCCGUCAAUGGUUGGAAGAUUUGGAGCCUCGUCUAUGGUUCCUCAACCUUCGGAGAUAUUAGAGAACCAUUAUUAAAAGAUGAGACGCCAAACCUGUUUUUUUACAUAAAAGACACGGGGACUACACGUGAAAAUUGCUGGGUCGGAAUGUGUUUUUGCAGCUAACAUUCCGUUGGGUCCGCGCGACGUAACAGCAGGGAGAUUCAUUCUCGUUCAUGUCAUACGCUCUUAAGGUAUUGUGUGAGGAGAUAUUGCCCUCUGAGACGUCAAAUUGAGAGCACCGUGUGUACAAAAAUACACGAUGGAUUUUUAAAACUCAAUAAAUGUUCCCACCAUAGUCCACAGCAGAUUACAUCUGCUCAAGGUAAAUACCAAUGGCCAACAUUCGUCUGGACGAGCAGACAUCAAAUGGCUUGGCAUAAGGUAAAGUCUCAUAUUCCAAGCCCCAACAUUCUUCACGUCCAUUGAUAUGUACAACAAAAUUUGCAGGUAUAAAUCUUUCUCAUGCUCUCGUUCUUUUCUUCUCCAUAAACGCGUCUCGUCUGCUUUACAACUAACGGCACUAUUUUCAAUAUGACGACUGCAAGCUUGUUGAUUCUUCUGGCCUUCGCCAGAGGUAUUUGGGGAGAUUGUACCAAUGACCAAUGUGCCAAUGCUAUUACAGCAAUUGGCGAAAUCAACGUCGGUCUCCAAAGUCGUUCACUGGAUUGCGCCAAAUUUCUAGCGACGACUGUCACGCCUGAUGCUUCGUUCGUCAAACCCUAACCCCAUUCAUCUUCCUUGCUAAUUGAGGUAGGAUCGCUUUGAUCACUACAAGUGCCAAUAUGGAAAAUUAUCCAUAUCCUCCUGCCGCAAAGACGACUGAGCCCGGCCCAGUUCCCACUUACGCGUCAGCAUGUAGCGAUGCCGCCGCCUACUCAUCUGCCUGUACUUGUGCAUCCAUCACAGCAUCUACAGUAGUCGCUCCAACUCCAACUAUCUAUCUCUACGAUAAACUACCCCUCUGUGCAAACCCAGCCACAUGUGCACAAGGAUACAGUAAUGCUGCUUGUGGAAAUGGUGCUGGUAUCUGUAUUCCUGGCGGUGGAGACGAUGGUGCUGGAUUCUGUGUCGCUGCAGGCGUUUGUGGUGACAACUGCGUUAAUAAUUCGGAUUGUGCCAGUGGGAUUUGUUUGAGAGACGUCUGCUGCGGCAGUACGUGUUAUAAUCCAUCUGUCCAAUUUGUCACCACAUGGGCUCCUUCUCGUAAACUCGUGAAGAAAGACCUUAGUAAUAUGGCUGCAAUUUUUGAGAAGCUGAACCAAUUGAAAGGGAAGUUUUUGAACUCUGGGAAGGUGUUGAACUCGGGAAACAUGUUCAACUCGGGGAAGAUUUCCGGCUCAUUUAAGAGCAAAAUAUUAGGUACUUAUCUUCCCGAAAACCCUCAACCUACGAGCUUCUUCAAAGGAAAACAGUGGUACUAAGAUGAGAUCGUUUGGAUUGUGUGGGUUGUUAUGAUAUCGAAAAUGGUAUAGGUUGGAUACGGUGGAAGUGUUUAUGGAACAUGGAUCUCUUUAUGUCGAAUUUAUGUGGAAAUCUCAGGUUGUUUGAUCUAUCAGUUUCCCUUCAGGUACAUCACAUAUAUCAAUGCGUCGUUUAUUUUCU